CACGUGAUCGUGCCUGUCAGCUGACAAGGAAGGGACGAGGAAGUCACACAUUUUCAUCCGGCGCCUCUCUAUUUUAUUCCAGCUAUCUCUGCCUGAAAGUGGCUUUUAUUUUCUGUUAAUCGCGUGAAUGCUGUCGCGUGUGAAUCUUUAGGAUGAAUUCUCGCGUGGCCGCGCUCGUCACCGCGCUCCUCUGCGCGGUCUCCGGCGGCGCCGCGCAACACCUGGACACAGUUGAAUGGCUAUCAAACGGUCCAAGCGCGUCCGUGGAGCUUCAGCAAGGACCCAACAGCACCAACUCCUCUGAUCUGACUUACGGAUUCAUAUCUUGCGCCGUAUCAGUAGUCUUCUUCGGGAGCAACUUUGUACCAGUAAAAAAGAUAGAGACUGGUGAUGGUAUGUUUUUCCAGUGGAUUCUAUGUGCUGCUAUAUGGACAGUCUCCCUAGUGGUCAACAUCAUUCUACAUAGUCCAAAGUUUUGGCCUCUUGCUAUGCUGGGAGGAGCCAUGUGGGCUACUGGUAAUAUAACUGUAGUUCCCAUUGUAAAGACUAUUGGGCUUGGGCUUGGUUUUCUUAUAUGGGCUUCGUUUAAUCUUCUUUUGGGUUGGGCCAGCUCAAGGUUUGGCUGGUUUGGUAUUGGUGCGGAGACUGUUUCCAAACCAGUACUGAACUCCUGUGGAGCAGGUAUUUGCUUGUUUAGUGCUUUUGUGUUUUUCUUUGUGAAAACCGAUGUUCAGAGAACCGCAACAUCUGAAGAAUCACCAUUACUAAUAGACCAUACUGUGAACUCUGACUCUGUGGUAGCAACAGAUGAUUCCUGGGUGGAUGCAUUAACACCACGCUCCAAACGGAUAGUUGGAAUGUUUCUUGCUGUUGUCGCCGGACUCCUAUACGGAGCUUCGUUUGUUCCAGUUCUGUACAUUAAAAAUCAUGCAUCAGAUCCAGACGGCCAAUACAGCGGGGCUAGCCAGUUUGAUCUGGAUUAUGUCCUUGCACAAUACAGUGGCAUUUUCCUCACUAGUACAGUGUAUUUCAUCUUGUACUGUGCCAUCAAAAAAAACAGACCACAAGUCUUUCCUAAAGCAGUACUGCCAGGAUUCCUUUCUGGCAUCAUGUGGGGUAUAGCCACGUGCUGCUGGUUCCUGGCCAACCACUACCUCAGUGCUGUAGUGAGCUUCCCUAUUAUCACAACAGUUCCUGGAUUGAUUGCAGCUCUUUGGGGCGUUGUCGUGUUCAAAGAAGUAAAGGGUUGGCGAAAUUACAUUGUCCUCAUCGUUGCUUUCUGUCUUGUUUUAUCUGGGGCAUUAUUGACUGCAUUCUCAAAGAUCUAAACCUUUUUUAGACGGGGAAAAAUGCAAAGAAAAAUCUUUUGGUUGAGUGUUUUAACAUUUUAGGUUUCUCUUUUGAAUCUUGGAAUGAAUGCAAAGAUUGUUCUUUCAUAUCAGGUUAUGCAGUUUAAAAAAACCUGAACAAACUGAGAAGAGAAAAGAAAUACUGUUUAUAUGAGGGAAGGAUGUGGUCCUAAAUCUAUAAGAUACUUGAAAUGUUACAGCAACAUCAGCACAUUGUUUUUUACUAGGAACACAGUUCACUAUAUUUUUGUUGUAUUAGCAAUCACUUUUUAAAUUGUUGUUUACACUAUAAUGGACCUCAUUUCACUUUAUAUUUGCACAUGUAAUGGUUAUAGUUUUUUUUUAAUAUACGUGUUGCAUCUGCACAGUAUAAAAGCAGGAAGGGUAUAUAAUACAUAAAGACAAAGAAGUAUAUUUUAAAAUCAUUUUAAAAAAUCUAUUAUGUAUGAUGAUAUUUCCAUGCUUGUGCUUAUUUUUAUUUUAAAUUAAUUUUUCUGUUUUUUAAUUUAGCAUAUUUUCAGUUGUUCUCAAUGGUGAUCAUCAGCGAUGUUAUUUUAUAUCGCUGUACAAAUCGAAACACUGCAAUGAUUAUUUAUAAUUCUUCUUUUUCAGUUUUUCCUCAAUGACAUUGCAUUACAGUACUGGGGGAAUGACAUAAAUGUCACCAUGCAAACAAUUUCAUGCUUUAAAAAGCAGGCUUUUUCUUAUAUGUAGUAUCUAAUUGUGAUAUUCCAUUUCUUUUUCUUCUGUUUAGAAUUUGUAAUGGAAUUCAUACAGUUUUCGAUUGCUGAUGGGUUGUUUUUUGCUGCCAAAUUGUUUGAGGCCUUGGUUUGUGUUUUUUUUUUUAUAUAAACCAAAAGGGAAAUAAAUAUUCAAAUGCAAAGGAUGUGUGAACUGAAAAACGUUGCUUAUAUUGAUACAGCAUGUUAUGAAGGGAGAAAAUACAGUGUAAGAUGUAAUGUAAAAUUUUCAGUAAAGAAAAAAACAUGCUUCAUUUUAAACUUUACAAAAGAUAUUUUAAUAAAAUAAAAACAAUGGGGGGAAAAGUAUCUCAAUUCUCUCCAACUAAA